AUGGCCGCGUUUCGGAGAGUUGUGGCGGCUGCAGCGUUGGCUGUGACGUCGGUGCUGGCUGAAACUCAGCAGUUUGCCACCGUGCCCUUGCUUGGAGGGUCGGUGGACUGGCACUUUUCCAAUUGGCGAGCCGUCACGGACCAGGUACGGGGUGGCGUGUCCACGGCAAAGCUGGAGCCCUGCGCAGCAGGUGCCAGGUUUACCGGCAAUUUGGAUCCUUCCAUUCUGAAAGCUGGAUUUGCUGGCAUGGAGCUGGAUGUGAAAGUCCUUCCCGCCACUUUCUCUGACCUCGAUGGAUUGAACUUGGCAAUCUCAGACGCGGACGGGCAUGAGUACACCUUGCUGGUGAAGACCAAAGGUGGAAAAAUAGGAUCUUCAUAUCAAGUGCGCUUCGUGCCGAAGAAGCAGAGUCCAUUUGAGACUUUCUUCAAGGAUUUCGUUGCAUUCUAUCGUGGUAGACCUGAUGCCAGCGCGGCUCCACUUGACAAGUCUCAGAUUGAAACGCUGGCCAUUCAGAUUGCGAGCAACUUUACUCAGACAUCUGGCCCGUUUCAACUUGAACUGCAGAGCAUUGCAGGACUCAAGUCUGAGGCCGUGACUUUGGUGUGA